AUGGAUCUUGCUCCUGUUAUUGAAGCUCUUCAAGCUACAUUGCUUCCACAAGUACGAGAAAAAGCAGAGGAGAAGCUACUUGAAUUUUGCAAAUCUCCUGGAUUUAUCCCGUGUAUUAUACAAAUUAUUUUAAAUGACAAACUUGACUUAGCUACUCGUCAAGCGGGUGUAAUCUAUUUGAAAAAUCACGUACAUACAUAUUGGUGUGAUCUCAAUUCGACGGAUACAAGUGAUGACGAUAUUAUUACAUUGGCAACACUUACAAAACCAAAUCCGUCGCCAAAAUUAUUCACAAUAUCUGAUAUUGAUAAAGAUUAUUUGAGAAAUGUUUUGAUUGAUGCUGUUAUGCAUAAAGUAGAAGAUCGUGGUCCAUUAGAUGAUGUUAUGAUUGUAUUGUUGCCAUUGAUGCAUCAGCGUUUAAGGCAAUUAUUUACACAUGAUGAAUCAAAUGAAUCGGGAUUAACACAAAAACAAAUAUUGAAAAUAUUUCAUGCUUACAUACAGCUUCAUCUUUCCUUUCGUGUAUUGCCAAAAGAAACAAUGGCUAACUGGCUUGAUACAUGUUGUUUGGUACUAGAAAGGCCGUUGCCAGCACGAGUGAAUGAAUUACCAGAAGAUGAUCGAGCUGAAGAUCCAUGGUGGAAAUUGAAAAAAUGGGCACUUCACAUACUGAUAAGAACAUUUGAGCGACAUGGAAGUCCAUCUAAUCUCGCAAAAGCACAACAAACACCAGAAAAAUUGGAUUUUGCACAAUUUUAUUUAAAAGGAUUUUCUGCUAAAGUUAUUGGAAAUAUAUUCAAUUUACUUGAUUUCUAUAGACGAAAAAUUUUUAUCUCACCACGUGUUAUCCAAUUAUCACUGAAUUAUCUUCGAGAAAGUGUGCGACACGCAUUCUCAUGGAAAUUAGUUUCAAAUAAUAUUGUCGUGUUAAUCCAAGAUAUUAUCUAUCCUUUAUUGUGCAUCACUGACGAAGAUAUUGAAUUAUUCAAUGAUGAACCGGUGGAAUUUGUUCGUGCACGUUUAGAUAUAUUAGAUGAAUAUAUCAAUCCGGUGUCAGCAGCCGAAUUAUUUUUAAAUGAAGCAGCAUGCAAACGAAAAGAUGUUUUAACGAAAACAGUUACUUUCUUAGGAACAGUUAUAAACAGUGAGAAUAUUACAUUAAAACAAAAAGACGGUGUUUUACAUAUGUUGGGAGUCAUUGGAAAUGUUUUAAUCAAAAAAAAAACAUUUACUAGUCAACUUGAAAACAUGAUUGUACAAUAUUUAUUUCCUGAACUUCAAAGUCAAACACCGUAUUUACGAGCAAGAGCUUGUUAUGCCCUGAGAAAUUUUUCAAAAUUAGAAUUUUCUCAACCAGAAAAUUAUGCUCACUGUCUGAAUUUUUUUAUUCGUUGUUUAUGUAACGAUGCAUGUUUACCAGUGAAAGUUGAAGCUGCCAUGGCAUUAAAUUUAUUUAUAUCCGAGGGUGAUGGUGAAAAAGGAAAACAAUUCAUUGUUCCCAAUUUACAAGUUAUUGUUAUGCAAAUAAUUGAAAUAAUUCGUCAAACAGAAAUUGAUGAUGUUAUGAUUGUACUACAGAAAAUUGUUGGACUCUUUGAUACAGAACUACAACCGAUUGCCGUACAAAUGACUUCACAAUUGGUUGACUUUUUCAAACAUGUUGUAUUGUCUGAAAAUACAUCGAAUGAUGAAACAAAAGUAGAAGAACGAACUGUAGCUGCAAUGGGAGUUUUAAACACUCUUGAUACAAUCAUUAGUUGUAUGAAUAACAAACAAGAAAUUCUAGUUCAAAUUGAAGCGAUAGUUUACGAAGCAAUUGUGAUGGUUCUUAAGAACGGAAUACUCGAUUUUUAUGAGGAAAUUCUAACGUUAAUUGAUACGUUGACAAUCAAUAAUAUUAGUCCAUUGAUGUGGCAAGUAUUUUACGUAAUUAAAGAAGCAUUUUUUCGUGAUGCAGCUGAUUAUUUUGCUGAAAUUAUGAAUUGUCUACAUAACUAUGUUACGAAUGAUACACAGGCGUUUUUAUCACAACCCGAUCGUUUAGAAGCCGUAUUUGAAAUGUGUAAACAUGUGAUCACUAAUGAUCUGGGUGAAGAUUCUGAGGCUCAUGCUGCUAAAUUGAUCGAAGUUAUUAUACUACAAUGCCAAGAUCACAUCACAAUGGCUCUACCUGCUAUAGUGCAAUUGAUAGCUAAACGUAUUACGCGUGAAAUUGCUACCAGUGAAUUACGUUUAAUGUUAAAUCAAGUGUUCAUUAUUAUGCUAUGGUUAAGUCCAGAUUUAUUUUUUCAAACAAUGAAUUCUGUAGCCGUUAAUGAUCCGACAACACAAACUGUUAUAGGUAAUUUUUUUCAUCAAUGGAUGACAGAUUGUGAAUUAUUUGCUGGUAUCCAUGAUAGACGUGUUUGUGCACUUGGACUCUGUACUCUAUUGUGUAUUGAUCCAAAGUAUUAUUCUGCAAUAUCAGCUAUUGUACCACAAUUAUUGCCAAAUUGUAUUCGUGUUUAUGAAGGUUUAAUGAAAACCUAUACUCAUAGUCACAAUGACAGUGAUACGGAUGCAAGUGAGAACGAUGACUCAGAUACACAAGAACUUGAUGAUGAUGAUAAUUGCGACUCAGAUUUGGUUGAAAAAUUAAAAGGAAAAGUACCUGAUCAUGAAAUGACUACCGACACUCUAGAUGAAUUCGAUAAUGGUGAAGAUGGAGAAAGCGAUUUUGAUUUGGAUGAAACCGAUUUAGAAAGUUUUUCAACUGCAUUAGAAGCAAAUGAUGCUAUUGAUGAAUUUCAAACAUUUCGUGAUAGUCUACAAAAGUUACAAAACGACAGUACCGGUUAUUACACUGCUUUAACAUCUGUCUUGACUGUUGAGCAACAGAAUAGUAUACAAAGUAUCAUAAUUUAUUCUGAAAAGAGAAGACAAGAGAAAGGUAUUGAUUCAAAAUCAAAUAAAAUUCGUGAAGCUGGUGGUCUAAUGUCAUCCAUUAAUAACAAACAACAAAAUACAGGGACACCAUCUCGUUCUUCGACACAAUCAAAAAGUGCAUCAGUCGCCAGUUAUGAAAAAGAAAGCGCAAGUCCAUUAGUUGUGGUGAGAAGACGACUCUUUCGACCAACAGCAUCAAAACAAAAAUCAUUCGCACAACGCAUGCAAAAGACACAUGAUAUUGAAAGUUUAUUCAACUUGUAUUACUCAAACAAUACAUACAUUGAUAAGUUUAAUCGACAAAUAGUAACAGGCACACGGAUGCCAACACGUUCUCCAUCAGUACGUUUGCCAUCAGCUGUUUCGUCAAAAAGUGACAGUGCUUAUAGUUCUAAGCAUUGUAAAGAAAACGAAGAAGAAGAUGCAAAAGUAUUGGAAGAUACAAGCUCACAUACAACUACAAAUACUGCAAGACUAGAGUCGCAACGUCAAACACCCUCGAAUUUACAAAUAACUCCAAUUUCUCGCAGAACGUUAGAAGUAAGAAUUGCCACGGGAGAUUCAAAUUCUCAACUACCACUCGAUCAAUCAUUAGGCGUAACUGAAACUGAUAAAGACGAAUCACUAACUAUUCCCAACGCAGAUGACGAAGAAAGAUCAUCGGAAUUAUCUAAUUUAAAUCAUUUGACCCCUGAUAAUGAUUUAACAGAACAAACAAAUAAAGAACAACUGUUAGAUGGUCAUUUUAUCAAAAGUUCAUCAUUAUUUGUUGAUUAUCGAGCAUCACUCGAAAAAUCACCAUCACCUUCAACGGUUUUAACUGAUGGUACACAAACUACUAUUCAAGAUCAAAAGACUUCUACUAACUAUAAAAGUAUGUUGGAAAAAAAUCGUGAAAAACUUUUGACGAAUCGUGCAGAGAGUAAAUUAUCGAGUUAUAUAUCGACAAAAUCACGCGUGUUAUCAUCGAAACAACAACAUGUAGAACAAGAUAAACUUAAUUCUCAUAUAACUGUUUCUAGACUUUCCUUUGCCACAUUGUCAUCAACAAAAUCUAGUAUAUCAUCAACGAAAAAUUUUUUAAGAAAUGAAAAAAGAAUAUUACCAUUACAGCAGAGACCAAAAUCAACAAUGAGUUCAAUUAAUUCAAAAAGUAUAAACCGCUCUGGAAUAGAACAGUCAACAGAACUAGUCAAGUCCACUGAAACUAUACAGCCGAUGAUUAAUACACAAAGAACAGUAUCAAUCCCAUCGAGAUGCAGUCGAUAUGUUUUGGUUACGUUUCCCGAGAUGCCUGGAAGAUAUAUGAUUCCAACUUACGUUGAACGUCUACUGUUACCAGAAAGAUUUCCAAAUCUUUUCAAAAAUAUUGUUCACAGUUUUGGUCGUGAAAGAUCAUCAUUAAAUCAUCGUUAUCGAUUAUCAACUCGUUCGUAA